AUGCCUCACAUCCAGAGUAGAGUUGUGGUUGUGGAAGACAUCAAACGAUGGAAGUCUGUGCUUGAGCUUCCUGGGCAACCAAAAGAGAAUCUGAUUGAAGCUUUGGAGGAGCUGAAGAAGAAAAUACCUUCCAAGGAAGUGUUACUUUCAACCAAAAUAGGUCACACGGUGAACAAGAUGCGCAAACACGCCGAUCCCGCGGUGGCCAGCCUGGCCAGGGACGUCUACACAGAGUGGAGAACUUUCAUCAGAGACCAUUCAAACAAGCCCUCAAUCGUGGUUAGGAGUGACCCCAAGACCGAGGCCUUCCGCAGGAACGCGCGGAAGCUGCUCUGUGAAGCCCUGGAUCUGGAGGCUGAUCACCCACUGGCUGAAAACAUGGAGCGAGAAGCUUUUCAUCUCUCUUCCCGCCUCGUCAGCGCCUCGUACCGCAGAACCGUGCGAGCUCUUGUCUUCUCGUUAAAGCACAAACCUGAAACCCGAGCAGAAGUCAAGGCUGGCACACUCACCGUCCCUGCCUUUGUACAGAGCCAUAAAAAGUGA